AUGGUGCGGCAGAGCGAAGGUUUCAGGUCGCUGGAAAGCGUGUUGGUUGAACGGCGGCGAUAUCUCAAGGAGAUGGAAGCGCAGGACGAGCAGGAGCAGGAGACCCUGCGAAAGCUCCGGGGGGUCGUCCGAAGGAUGGACAGCCAGAUGCAACUUCUGCGGGAGCAGGCGGAGGCCGGGGUAGCGUCGCGCGGCGCUCCGGAAGACCCAGCGGCUUCCGAGUCGGUAUCGCUCUCGCAGCUGGACGAGUUGAAGACCAUGCGGGAGGAAGUCACCGUGCUUGCGGGAUCCACCAGCAACGCGGUCGAAGAGGGCGAGCAAUGGACCACCGGCGCGGCGCAAGAGCUCGAGGCACUCGUGUCCCGCUCCCCGUCGUCCCACCAGCACGUGUCCACGGAGGAGACGGAGGAGUCUGAGCUGGACGCCGACGAGACGUGGAAGGCGGGCUUUGAAGGGCCCCUGGAAGAGGCUUUCCUCGACCUGGAGGGCAUCCUCGGGACUGUCAACUCGAUAAUGGACGUGGCAGCCGCGAAGCCCGGCGUUAUGGAGGGCGGCGCUUACGUCCGCCUGGUAGAGGACGCCGGGCUAUCUGCCUCUACAGCUGCCGAUGCUGCCGCCGCUGCGGACGGGGAUAGAAACCUGCAGACGAGGGUUGAGGCCAUCGCUGCCCAAGAGGUUGCGCUUAAGUGGGGAGAGGCGGAGGCCACGGGCGAGCACGGCGGACGGGACGCUGUGUCUAAGGAGGCAGGGGUAUUGGCGACUGUCGAGGAAGCCGAGGAGCUCGUUGCUCGGGAAGUAGAGAUGUUCUCGUCGGGAGGCACGGGAAUGCCGGACUACGCUUCCCUUACCCCCGGAGCCAAAGUCGUUUACGGCCCUUUCCCCGUGGCGCCUGCCUAUGACGGUGAGGCACAGCAGGGCGACGGCAUGGUCGAGAAGAAGGGGUGGCUCACGUCCAAGACCCUGGCGAGCACGGAGCUGGAGUGGCACGACUACCUGCUGCACAUGCUCAGGGUGCCCGGCCGGGUAUACGCCGAGGACGGCGACGCCGCGCUGUCGGCCUCCAACUCCCUCGGCUCCUGCUUCGCGUUCAAGGGCGGGGAGGGGAGGCUGACCGUCGAGCUCGCCCGCCCGCCGCCGCCGCCGCCGCGCAGCAGCGGCGGAGAUGGAAACCCCGGUGCGGCGACGACGACAGCGGCCGGGUUCGUCAGGGUGACCCACGUGUCCAUCGAGCACGCGCGCGCUGCGUCCGCUCCGACGGCGGCGCAGAGCGCCCCCCGCGCCUUCAGGAUCCUGGGCUGGGACGCUGACCCCGCCGGCACGGCGACGACCACGGCGUCUCUCGUCGGCGGCGGGGGCGACGGAGGGGGCGAGGCGCUGCUGUCGCCGCACGUGCUCCUGGCCGGCGCCGAGUACCAGGUCGGGGAAGGGGCUCCGGGGGUGCAGACGUUCGCGGUGGGGGAAGGGAGGGGGGAGGAGGCGCAGGCGGUGGUACCCCCCGUUGGGUGGGUUACGCUCGAGGUGCAGAGCAACCACGGCGGGGCGUGGACCUGCCUCUACGGCUUCCGCGUGCACGGUGACCCGGUCCGUUGAGCCGGUGUUGAGGCUUGGGGGGGGGGGGGAAGCGCUGUUCAAGGCUGGCGCGAUGCGCGUCGGCUUGCUGUUAUGCGUGCAUCGGCGGAAAGUCUGGGUCGGUUGUCUGUAUCGGUAGGAUAGGCGGGCGUAGGGGCCUGUUUUUUUGGUUGUGUAGGUCUUGGGGCCUGGCUGGCUGCUCACGUGGUGACAGGAAGCCUCAGGGAAUCGCUCACCGGUUUGGGUGGGGGGAAUCACUAUUGCCGGCAUAACGGCUACUAGAAGGGGCGCAGUGGGUGGUCGGGAGUGAUACAGCUGUGGCUUAGUGUUUUGUCUUAUCCUAGAUGCUAUCGUAAGACUGUUCGUCGGGUCGUGAUUGGCCGUUGUGGUGGCGUGUGAGUGGAUUUCUGGAUCCUCGAGGAGGAAAAGGAGACGCGUGCAUUCCCCCAGGUUUCAGGAGCAGGGGAUGCGUUAAGGGUUCUUUUGUUGGGGUGGCCUUAGCGCGAGAGAGCAUCUUCGGCUUUUGACAUGUACUGCGCCGCGCACGGCGGAACAUGCAUCCAGGUCGGCGCGCUGCAUUGGUGAGAAGUGGUGCUUGUCUAGUCGCAGCUUCCUGUGCGAUAGCGUUGGUUGGUCUCUCGCGAGAGUAGCGGAAUCAAGGGUACGCAUUUUUUUUCCAAAGUUGACAUGCCAUGCAUGCCUGGCGUUGUGUUUGUUUUAAAUGGGCGUCCUUUUAAACGUCAAGGAAUGGUUGAUCUUGGUCGCGGCGAUUUUGAGGCAAGGCUGUGUCUGGUCUGAAGUACUCUAAGCGUAACCCUCGAGGUGGAACACUCGGUUGGCCACCGUCUCCUCAUUCACGCCUGGAAGUUGGGGUGAGUUCUUCGCACGACGGGGUUAGUCUCGUGGGAAGUGUCGAUGGCUUCAGCAAGGCAUAGCAUGGCCACUCGCUGCUGAUGUUGCUCGGAGAAAUCGCCAAUGCUGCUCUAGUAAAAUCGUAUGGCGGGGGUGCAAACGUAACUAAAGGAGUCGUCCAUUGUGCGCUUUCAUACACGUGGUGUUGUUCCAAUAGUAGACUCAACAGAUGAGUGAAUAGUUCUGGUUUGAUU